CUUUAUUAUCUGUGACCGAAUCCUAGAUGGGAUUUUUGUAAUCUGUGAUAUUUCUUUUCAUUGUCAAGCAAAAUGGCGGAUCAGACAGAGAAAGCGUUUCAGAAACAGGCGACAGUCUUCCUCAACCGGAAGGGGGGUAUGAAGAGGAAGGAUAUGAGACAUCAUAAGAAUGUCGGUCUAGGUUUCAAGACACCACGAGAGGCGAUAGAAGGCACCUAUAUUGACAAGAAGUGCCCAUUCACCGGCAAUGUGUCCAUCCGUGGACGUAUCCUAACCGGUGUCGUCCAGAAGAUGAAGAUGCAACGCACAAUCGUCAUCAGGCGUGACUACUUGCACUACCUACCCAAAUACAACAGAUUCGAGAAGCGACACAGAAAUAUGUCUGUUCAUUUGUCACCUUGCUUCAGGGAUGUGGAACUCGGAGACAUUGUCACGAUCGGCGAAUGCAGGCCACUUUCCAAGACUGUGAGGUUCAACGUGCUGAAGGUUUCCAAGGGCAAGGGAUCCAAGAAAUCCUUCAAAAAAUUCUAAUCUAUUAAAAUUACUUCAUAAGUAAA